AGCUGUUUGUGCGACUGACGAUGCUGUGUGAAGAUGGAGGCUCCUGAAUACCUGGACCUGGACGAGAUCGACUUCUCCGACGAUUCAGUGUAUUCUGUGACGUCUCUGAAAAGCAUCCCAGAGCUGUCGAGGAGGAGCGAUGGUCCGGCCGAGGAGAGACCAGCUCCAGCCAUCAACUGGAGUCGUGGUGUGUCCUCCCACGGCGUUGGGGGGGUCAAACCCACGGGCCUGGCAGAAGUCCACAGUAAGUUCCGACCGGUGAAGAGGGUCUCCCCCCUCAAACACCAGCCAGAGACCACCGACUCCGAGUCCGAUGGGAAGGUCCUGGAGCCGGGGGAGGGCAGCAAGGACGACCCCAGCCCCGACAAACACACCCACCAUGCCUCCUCCUCCUCCUCUGAGGGCCAGGGAGGUAAAGCCAAGAACUUCAGUGGAGGAGGAGGAGGAGUGGGUGUCGUCGGGGGGAACAACCCCCAGGCGCUGUUUGGGGAGCUGGAGCACUACGACCUGGACAUGGACGAGAUCCUGGAUGUGCCUUAUAUCAAGUCCAGUCAGCAGAUGUCCACGCUGCCACGCGUCCCCCACGACAAGCGCUCGGUGACGGGGAGCAAUCUGAGUGGAGGAACCCUGGAGAGGAACCGCGGAGGAGGCCUGAAGAGCUCCACCUUAGCCCACAACGAGCCCCUGAGCCUGGGCAGCAGCAGCUCACAGACCCCGUACUGUGUUCUGUCACCGGUGAAGUGGUCCGACCUGAGGAAGUCCAAGUCUAUGGAUCCAGACCUCCAUCACCUCCACCGCUCCCCGGGUGGAGGAGGAGGAGGGGGAGGAGGCUACCAGCCGGAGCUGCUCUCCUCUAGCCUCCUCAGCUGCUCCUCCUCCCUGUCGUCUUUCUCCGACGCAGAUAAGUUGCUGUCGGCGCGGGUUUACCCAGACUCCCAGAGACCCAGUCUGGAGCCUCAGGGGGGCUCCAGCCUCAUGUUCCCCCUGCCGGGGUGCAGCAUGGGCAGGCAGGACGGGUCCAAGCCCUGGGCUCCUGGAGGAGGAUCAGGAGGAGGAUCAGGAGGGAGCAGCAGUGGGCAGAGGGGGUUUGGAGGAGCAGGAGCGGAGCUGGAUGAGGAGGCCAAGAAGAACCAGAACAUCAUCAACAUCGUCAGAGAAGGACAGAUCUCACUGCUGCCUCACCUGGCUGCUGAUAACCUGGAGUUGAUCAGAGACGAGGACAGGAACAACCUUCUUCACAUCUCUGCGUCUCAGGGUCACGCCGACUGUCUUCAACAUCUGACGUCUCUUAUGGGUGAAGACGGCCUCAACGAACGCAACAACCAGCAGCUGACGCCCGCCGGCCUGGGGGUCAAGAACGGGCAUCUGGAGUGUGUGCGGUGGAUGGUGAGUGAGACGGAGGCCAUCGCUGAACUGAGCUGCACCCGAGAACAUCCCAGUCUGAUCCACUACGCCGCACGCUACGGACAGGAGAAGGUCCUGUUGUGGCUGCUCCAGUUCAUGCAGGAACAGGCCAUUUCUCUGGAUGAAGUUGACCAAAACGGGAACACGGCCGUCCACGUGGCGGCUCAGUACGGACACCUCACCUGCAUCCAGACUCUGGUGGAAUACGGCUCCAACGUCACCGUCCAGAACCAGCAGGGGGAGCGGCCUUCCCAGAGUGCCGAGCGGCAGGGUCACACCACCUGCGCCCGCUACCUGGUCGUCGUGGAGACGUGCAUGUCUCUGGCCUCGCAGGUGGUCAAACUGACCAAACAGCUGAACGAACAGGCCACAGAGAGGAUGAGUCUACAGAAGCAGCUGCACAGACUGAUGGAGCCCAGCAAGACUGAGGGGACGCCCACCAGAUCACCAGGCUCCCAUCAUCCCCCAGUGGAGGCGUGGCCAGAGAUGAUGCUGACAGCGGAGGGGACGCCCAGUGAUGGGACCUGGAUGGUCCGUCAGGGGGGGGUGGGCCCUGACUCGGUGCUCCGGCAGCUCCUGGGGAAGGAUGCAUCCGAGCCGCUGUGUACCAGGGACAGGGUGCCUCCGGCGGGCGGCCUGAGCAGGGACGGCCCCUGUGGCCCCGGGGCCCCUGGGGGUCCUGGGGCACCCGGGCCCCCCCGCAGGACAGGGCUGGUGGAGCGGAGGGAGCUCAAACUGGCCAGACUCAAACAGAUCAUGCAUCGUUCGCUGAGUGAGUCGGAUUCAGACGGUUACCCGCCAGAGGAAGGGAAGGGUCAAGCCCCGCCCACAAACGCAGGGAUGCUGCGACCUGAGAGGCCGUCCCACCUGCCAAUCACAGAGGAGGAGCCAGUGUCCAACCACCUGCAGCUGAUGAUGAGGAAGCACCUCCCCUCGUCCUCGACCGCGGACAGGAAGCUGGCGUUCUCCCUCAGCGGGUCCAAGUCGGUGGACGGCUGCGGGUACAACCCCUCCCCCACGUCCAGCGACCCCGAGGCCGCCGACGGGAAAACCCCGGACGCUUCAGGCGACUUCAACGAUGCCAAUGGCCAGAAAGCCGCCACCAGCCCCAAGAGCGCGCUGAAGUCGCCGUCGUCUCGCAGAAAGACGUCGCAGAACCUCAAACUGAGGGUCACCUUUGACGAGCAGGUCCACAAGAGCGCCGUCCAGGAGGCGGAGCCAAGCAAAGGGCAUCAUGGGAAAGAGAGGACUCCAACAGGAAGCUCUGAGACCAAACGGUCGUUUGGGACAUUCCGUUCCAUCAUGGAGACGCUGAGCGGGAACACAAACCACAACAACAACAACGGCGGCGGUCAGUCCACGUGUCAGAACUCGCCUGGCAGGAAGUCCGAAGGUAAAGGAAGCCCUGGAGGGGGCGGAGCCAAGGGAAAGGGCAAAACCAGUAACGUUUAACUUGAUAAAUAUAAGUGCCUAACGACGGGCAGCGAGCACAAAGCGAAGAGUCGAGAGCGAACGGCGAGAGGCAGCGGCACGAGAAACAGCUGAACGUCCAACAUCAGGUUAAAGAGAAGAGGCGUCACUCUGAAC